GAAGUUUUAAUAUAACGGUAUGGCUUUAAAUAAAGAAAAAGUGAAUGUUGUCAAUAAUACUUCAAACUCCGCUGAAAGGGACGUUUCGAUGGAUUCCAUCGAACUAGUGAGGAGAUGUUCAAAAGAGAAUACAGCUGAGACGUCUUGGGACCCAAGUUGUUAUGUUUCAACUAUAGACAGGAGUAAAGAUGAAGGCGAUAUAACCCCGCUGUUCGUGACUAUUAUGGUCACUGAACCGUCCAGCCCAUCGCAAAGCAUCGAGAACACUUCCACGCAGACGGACCCCUGUGAACUUGCUAUCAACUGCGGAGUUUCUGACGUGAGCCUCUCGUUCUCAAAAGAUUUCAACACACAAGGCUCCACCUCUACCUCUGAGGAUAAUUUACGAACAAAACGAGUAAGACGCGAUUCUCAUGAUGAAGACAAAAUAUUUAGACCCUGAAACGAACAAAAAACGCAAGCUUUAUGAGAUCUCCCAGUUUAAUCAACGAGGAUAAAACACUCCGGCCCGCUGUGUCUUCGAGUCAAUUAUCUUCGACAUCAGAUGCCUCGUUCAAAUCAUUGAGCAGUAGUCAUACCUACAAAGUUAGGAAAAGAAAGCCAAUGUCAGAAUCUAAUUUGUUCAAAGACGCACUCCAUAAGUCGAGGAAGAAUAGAAGUUUUAACAAAUCCGGGAACAACACCCCAGGAGGGUCGCCGAGGAGAGAGAGGAGUCACCGUAAAAACGCACCUAAGACUUGGAAGUUUGUUGAUCUUUGCACAUGGAUUGGCAUGAAGAGUUACGAGUCCAUAACGGGCAUGCUCCGGGACCCGGCGCGGAAGCACGGAUCAGAGCGAGAAGGACGGGAAGACACCGGCCUGCGAGAGGAAGUGAGAGAGCUGCGCCAGUAUCUGAAAGAGGUCGAGGGCCGGCAAGCGCGGCUGGCAUGGGAGAAUGACGCACUGCGGGAACAGUUGGAUAAGAUGAACUCCAAGAUUGAACUGAUGGAGGAGAAAUUCAGGUUACAGCAACAGACCCAAUCUCGUGCAUCUUGUGUACCUCCCCCUCCGCCGCCGCCGCCACCUCCGCCACCGCCGCCACCUCCCCCGCUGCCACCAUCGUCAGCGCCUAAACUUGGGCGUUCCAACACGAUACCUAGAUGUGGUUCCGCCCCGCCCAGGACGUCUGGUCCCAGGCUUACGAUAACACCAGAAGACAUAGCUAAUGUCAAAUUAAGGAAGGCGAAGGAUCACCCGGUGCGCUCCAAACCCCAACCACAGCAGCCGCUGGUGACGCAACACAUGCUCCAGACGACUCGCGCGAAGCUCGGCCGCUCAAAACCACCCGCGGCAUCUACCCCCAACAAAAUACUCAAUGACCUAGAGAAAUGCCUCCUCCAAGACACGUGGGUUUCAUCGCUCCACCGGCGUCGCACAACGCGGGCGUCAUUUCGCAGCGCAGAGGAACUACGCCCGCGCCCCUACCCCACCGCUCGAACGUACGCACCGCGCUCCCCUCGCUCGCCUCGCGCGCCGAGGUCGCCACGCGCAAGCUCGCUACCUCGAGGAGCUUUAUCGCCCCUUAAGUAUCACUUAACUUUACCAAAAUAGCUGAAAUUAUUGAGAAUAAAUGACAACUGUGAUAGCUGCCAAGCAAGGAGUCAUGUUGGAUCAUGAUACCUCUACUUUUCUCUUGCUACCUUGAAACAUGGUAUUUCAAAAUUAGCGGAAUGCAGUAUUUAGACAUCAAUAUACAUAUAUGUUCAAUGAGUAGGUACUAUCGUCUACAGGUACCUGAGUUAGGGGGUUCACUACUGCGUUUGGCAGAAACACGUUACGCAGAAUAUGCUUUAGCUAAAAUAGUUUCGCAGAUUUUUAUAAUACCGAAUCGUAUGUUGUCGUAAUAUUGAUGAGUAUAAUAGACUUCAAGUCAAAUAGUUACUUCCGCAAAUAAUAUUUGUGCAUAAUAUUUAGGUAGCAUAAACUUGCAAUUUGCUUUUUCAUAGCGAGUCGAAUGUGUUAGGGAUGCAAAAUACCUAACACUCCUCCUCGCUUCGCUCGUCGUCGUACCUAACGGUGGCUAUGGGACAGUAUUUCCUUUUUGAUGGCGUGUCA